AUGUUUUACUCAUUCGGAUCUCUUCUCUUGCUUAGUGUGCUCGUCCCUCCUCAGAUUCUUGGAGUCAUAGCGGCACCCGCCCAGGUUCCCGUUUGCAUACCUUCCGAUCCCUCAUUCGAUAUCAGUCGUAUCAAAGACUAUCCCGACAAGCUGUUGUUGUCGCGCAUCAGCGAGUACUUCAUAUCAUUCACUACUGGGAACUUUGACCGAAUGAACGACUUAGAAUCAGAUGACUUCCACAUCACCGACAUACCUCUUGAAAUUGUUAGAGCACCAAAGCCAGCCUGGUACGCGGCGAACAAGGGAUUCAGCUCUCUCAUGACGAACGUCAAAGUCCAGGCCAUUUCUAUUGACGGCAGCUCUGAGCCCGGUUCAUUCGCGAUAAUGGAGAAUGUGGUCUGGUUUACAUUGGCGGUUGACCCUCCGGAGGAAGCCAAGAAAAACCUCCCGCCUGGCAUCAAAAAGGGCGACACAUCGGGUAUGAUCAUGUUGUCCACCAUAUGGUGGAAUAAGGAAGGAAAGGUCUUUCGCGAACUAGAAUAUGGCAGGCUGAUCUGGGAUAACUUUGAUAUUGAUAAAUUCAAGAGGUGGUAA